UCACAGUACAACAAAUUGAAUGCACUAAUGGAAAAUUUCACUGGAUCUCCAUUCACUGUUCUGGGUUUCCCCUGCAACCAGUUCGGACAUCAAGAUCCAGAGGAGGAUUCCGAAGUUCUAAAUGUUCUCAAGUACGUUCGACCAGGAAAUGGAUUUGUUCCAAACUUUCCUAUUUUUGGCAAGAUAUUAGUGAAUGGUGAAAGUGAGCAUCCUCUCUACACGUUUCUGAAGGCUUCAUGCGCCUUUGUCAACCCUGUCCUGGGCGAUAAGAACAAGUUGCACUGGUCACCUCUGAAAGUCAGUGAUAUUCGCUGGAACUUUGAGAAAUUCUUGGUGGACGGUAAUGGAAGACCCUUGAAAAGGUAAAAUAGGUGUUGCUCUAGGUCAGAGACUUGUGUGUCUUCAGCUUGGAUUUUGCUAUAGUAAAUAUUAUUAUUACAGUACAUUUAUGGUAACUUGUCACUCUCAAGGGAAAAGCAUUCAGUGAUAAGUUAUCCAGAGUGGCGAGUUACAAGUAUAUAUAAAUACAUAAAUACACAAAUAAAUGCGACCAAGAUAUUGACAGUAUUAGUGUGUGUGAGCACCAUCAUUUUCAUGGAAGAUAAAGAUCUGUCGCCAUGUUCACUGUGACAUUUUUCGUAACAUGGAGUGACAAGGCAAAACAAAUUGUUGACAGCUUGUUUCAGCUCCUCUGUAGACUCAUAUGCCAUUUUGUAUCAGGGGGUUAAGAGGACUUUGUGGAUAUCCUGCACUUCAUCAGUAAACUCUGUUUGCAGGUACGACAUAAGUGCACCGUUCAACAUUAUUGAAGAAGACAUUGCAAGCCUGUUAAAGGAAGCCACUGAAGACUAGGUUAUAAACAAAGAACUGUUGUCUUGUUGAAACUGCUCUGGAGACUCAAUGAAGAACGUUGAGGAAACGACUGAACUCAACUGUUCUGAUGGGCGUGGGCGCAACUCUCUGGGCUUGGUGCAUUCGCUCAGGGAAUUGAUGUCCACCCGUCUCCAGAAAAGCUUUCCAUCCCAUAUAUUCUAUUGAAAGUAUUUAAUUAAACAAAGAAUCUUUGGAAUGAGUACUGUUAAGAAUCCAGAGAGACUCGAAGGGACUAUUGAAUGAGACGUGCAAGCUGCCUUGUCCUGUAGCAUGCGCAGGUUUGGAAAUUAUGGAUUCAUUUAAUUGUACCAUAGUAAUAAUCUUUGCAUUUGAUAUAAUAAUCUUAGUAUUUAAUAUAGUCCCUAAUGAAGUUUUUUAGACGUCUCAAAGCGC